ACUGAAACCGUAACAAAUCAUAUUUUGAUGUGAGAAUGAUAGUAUAUGACUGCAUAAAUAAUGUUUGCUCUGUAUAACCAAUGCUUAUUUUAAAUUUGACAGAAAAAGUCCAAGAUCUCUGCAUCUCGCAAGCUGAUGCUUAAGAGUCUUAUGGUAGCUAAAGCAAAGGAUGAGUUAGAGCAGGAGCUGGUAGAUAAAGAGGCAGAGAAGGACAGAUAUCUGGCUGAGAAAGCUCCUCCGCUACAGACGAGUGGCAUGUCUUUCGCUGAGCUUCAGGAGCUGUGUCAGGAACUACACGCUAAAAUUGACGUGGUGGACGAGGAGCGCUACGAUAUCGAGGCUAAAGUGCUUCACAACACAAGAGAAAUCAAGGACCUGAACAUCAAAGUCCUGGACCUGAGAGGCAAAUUCAAGCGACCCACUCUGAGGAGAGUCCGAGUCUCUGCUGACGCCAUCCUGCGCUCUCUGCUGGGCUCCAAACACAAGGUGUCCAUGGACCUGAGAGCAAACCUCAAGUCCGUCAAGAAGGAAGACACCGAGAAGGAAAAGACAGUGGAGGUUAGUGACUGGAGGAAAAAUGUGGAGGCCAUGUCUGGAAUGGAAGGAAGGAAGAAAAUGUUUGAUGCGGCACAGUAAACGAGUGAACGCAAUCAACAUCUGCAAACAUGCGAGUGUGUAUAAGAGAACCUAAUGUUGACAUGAAGUUACAUUUAUAGGAAUGGAUACAUAUUUAUAAAAUACCAAGUGAUUUGUCAGCGUGUCCAAUAAAUGCGUCAAAUUAAAAGCCCCGUGAUGAAAUUGCCAGAAAGGGUUGAACUUCAUGUGAAAAGUGUCAUCAACAUCAUCCUGUAAAUAAAUUGUGUAAUUUGCUGAUAUCAUGAUUUAUCAUUUCAUGUGAAUGUUUUUAAUGGACAAAUGUUUGGUGAGACUAAAGCCGAGGAGAAAAUGUAUUCUUGUAUGAACCCUUUCUGCUUUAUAAAAUGAUUCAUCCUGACUUA